CCGGAAGUCAGAUAGCGAGAAAUGGACACCAAAACAGAAACAGUUGAGGAAAAUUCAGUUAAUUCAAAGAAAAACGUUAACUUGGAUGCCGCUUCGCUUAAAAAGGAUUCGUCAAAGCUUGAAAAUAGUGAGGACGCUCUUACCAGUCAACUGCUGUAGUCAUGUUCAAACUAGGAGGUCACAAAUCAGCUGUCCUUGUGACAAGUUAUAAGUUUACUUCAGCGGUGGAAAAGAAUGGUGCUUUGCAGAAAGAGCUGUUUGUAGAUAAAAAGAAAAAUGGUGACUUGAAGUCAAAUUCAAUGGGAAACAAUAACAGCUCGGUGGUAGCUACUCCACCUCCUGAGAGAAAGUCAAAGUUUGCAGCAAUAGGAAAAAUAUUUAAACCUUGGAAAUGGAAGCGAAAAAAGAAGAGCGAGAAAAUUGAGAAAACAGUUGUUGAAUUGGAGAGGAAGAUAUCAGUUCGCUCUACAAGGGAAGAGCUGAUCAAGAAAGGUGUUAUAAAAGAAAGGAAAGAAGAUGCUAUAGAGGAAGGGAAUGAGAAUGCAAGUGCGGAACCCGAUUCUAGUCAAAGUCAGUCAACUACAGCAGUUACCAUCACAGAUACACAAGAACAAGAUAGGGAAACUGUGUCCAAAAAAGCAGAUGAUUCCAGUGAUAGUGGUAAAAAUGUGACAGAGAAUGGAACUGUGAAAACUGUAGACCAGAAUGAUGCUUCCAAUAUCAUAACAACAACUGCCGAGAUAUCUCUGUUACAGAGUAGUACCACAGAUAAUGGGACAUCAGUAACUUCACAACAAGACCAAAACACAGUUUCUACUGCACCAACUGCCUCAGCAUCUCAGGCACGUCCUGUGAUUAUAUCGUCACUUCCCACAAGAAUCAUUCCAGAUAGUCAGGACUCGGGACAGGGUCAGGUAGGGAUCGGUGCGGGAGAUUCCACCCCACAACCAUCCGCUGAAGAGACGCGGACAUCAGAAAGUAGUACACGGACUGUUAUGACAACAUUUUCCAAUAACGUAUCAACUAUGGAGACACCAAGAUACAGACCUCACUUUGAUGAUAGUGAAGAGUCAGAAGAGGAGAGUAGCGAGGAGGAGCCCGAACCCGAGCCCCGCCAGGUUUUAAAAACUCCUCGUGUUUAUGAAGCGGAGAUCUCGGAACCAAACUUAAAUAAACAGCCAAAAAAAAGUGCUUUAAAAAAGACUCCAGUCAGUGUGAAUUCUAGAACUCUACAGACUAGUAAUGUAGCUGGAGAUAAUGUACAAUCUAGUGUACAAACUAACUUUAGUACCCCUGGGGCACAGGAUAAUGUACCCCCAGAGUCAGCAAAUAAUGCUAUGCCCUCACCCAAAGCAACACCUGUGAAUCAAGGUCCUCCCAGACCAAAACCAAGGAUCACACUUCUCAGGGGUGUGGCAGCCAGUGAUCCUGAUAGUUUGCCUGCACCUCCGGCAUAUCAUUCCCAGGCAGUACCGGAGCAUCCCCCGCCACCAUACCCUGUAUCAUCACCGGGGGAGGAGUCAUCAUCGGAUGAUGAAGAAAUACAAUAUAGGGAUGAUGAUGAUCCACCAAGUUCUUUGGCUGCCAAAGUCGCAAGACAAGAUAGUUUAGCAAGGUUUUUAAGUAAUCGGCCGUCACGGCAAGAAUUAGAAGCUAAAAACAUAAUUCCAAAUAAAUCUGAGGAUGAAAUACAUCAGGACAGACAAGCCAUCGGAUCAAAACUGAUACGGAGAUUAAGUCUACGACCUUCCCAGGAAGAACUAGAGCAGAAGAAUAUUUUGCACCUAAGCAAUGAAGAAACAGCUAAAAGGGAAAAAGAAGAGAAAAAGAAACUUUUGAUCAGAAAACUAAGUUUCAGACCAACCAUUGAAGAAUUAAGAGAAAAAAAGAUUAUAAAGUUCAAUGAGUACAUUGAAUGUACCGAUGCACAUGAGUAUGACAGAAGGGCGGACAAACCGUGGACCAGACUUACACCUAGAGAUAAGGCUGCCAUCAGGAAAGAACUGAAUGAUUUCAAGGCUCAGGAAAUGGCUGUACAUGAUGAUAGUAGACAUCUUACAAGAUUUCAUCGCCCAUGAGUUCAUCAUGCUAGAUUUUCUGGAAGAGUGCUAAUAACAAAGCAAGCCGGUUCCAUUUGACACUUCAUAUAAAGUCGGCUUAAAAACUUGUAUAUAUAUUUUUAUAAAUAUAUAUAUAUAUACAUAUUUAUAUACAAAUUACUAUCUGGCAUUGAUGAAAAAGAAAUUGCCGAGACAUGCUGAAAAAUUUUAGGAACCAGCAUUCGGUACCUGAUGUAUUACAUAUAGCCAGUAUGGACUGGUCACUGGCCUCUAUAUUCUAGACUGUGAUCUACUACUACCAGAAAUGGGCACCGGAGCUGCAUUCUGUGAACCCUUCUACAGCAUUUCAUUGUAUACACAGGCAUUUCACUGUACAUGUAUAACUUCUCAAAUUUUAUGAUAGUUGAUUGAUUUAACUUGCGUUUCUCCUCAGUUUGGAUUACAAAUUGGCCGAUUUGUUUUUAACUGAUUGAUUGAAAUGCCACUUUUAAAAGCUGUAAUUAACUAUAGAAUCGGCGAGAAAGCCUAGAAUUUAGGGAUGGAAAGAUUAAUUUCUGUUUCUCUCAUUAAAUUUGUUGAAUGAAAAGCUCUGUUAUUACAAUGCGAUGUAAAACAAUAUCUAACCUGGUGAGAUAUUGCCUGGAAUAUUAAUGUAAUAUGUAGAUUAUUGAAUAAUAUAUCUGUAAUUAAUAUAUAUGACAUCAGAUUAUUGGAACAUUGUAACAAACCCAUCCCGAGCAGAUAAGUAUCCGAUGGGGUUUUAAACUAACAUGAAGUUGAAAUAUUUUUUAUAUCAUCUUCACUCACAUCCAUGUACAUUGUAUACAAAUUGUUGCAACAAGUUACAUUUAACUCAUGUAUAAUACAUUUAUACAUGUAAAAAUCUUCUAGCAUAAAAUGUGUGUGUUCAUAGAUAAAAAUUUUGUACAGCUUACAUUCUGAUUGUAGGGAAUUUUAAUUCCAGUGCUUGUAGUGUAAAAGUGCGAUGCUGCGAUUUUUUUUAUAUUACUAUUUUUAAGUCGGAUGACGAGUUUUCUCACUUUGUGAAAUUAAACGGAUUGCAUGUUAGCAAAUGACAGGCGUGGCCACUUCUGGGUAUUAGUUUUUGGUGAUGUUUCUUGACGGGUUUUUUUUGGGGGGGGGGGGAGUUUGGGUGGUGGGGAGUAGAAUUUGUCAAAAACAAAAAAAUAUUGGCUGACAAGACUUUUGAUUCCUAAAACUUGCCUUGAAUUGAACCUAAACAUGUAAAGAUUUUAACUUGGAAAUUUUUGAUAUUAUAUUCAAUUUAAAUAGGUUAUUAUUACACAAAAAAAGCACAACAAAUUUUUGAGAUUUCUCUCUUUUAUAAAACCAUAAAGGAUAUUUAAGUUGAAAUUGAAGAAAUAAUACAAUGUAUGAAAGUUAUCAAUGAAAUGCAACGUUAUGUUAUUUGAAAUACUUUCAUUAUUAUUUUCACUCAAUUUAAGGGUUUUAUUAUGAAGAAAAAAUGCAUACAUAACAAAAUAAUUUCGAAAAAUUGCAUAAACUUUAUAUGUACAGUGUUGCUGGCCUAAGUUACAUAUUCGUUGAUAAUUUUCAUGUGUCCCACUAAUGGGUAUUGUUAUUCAAGAAAGUCAGGAUGUGAUUUUUUUUUUAUUUGCUCAUAAUGAUGUAAUUUCUAUUUUUAGCAUAGAUCUCUGCACAUGAUGAUGUUAUUUCUAUUUUUAGCAAAUGGUAGUUAGGAAAUGUAUCUAGAAUGGAAAUGUUAAUGUUAAAUGCAGAUAUACAAGUGCUCCUGUUUUCAUGUUUUGCAAUUCUUUUUUAUUAUCUUUUUUUUGUGUAAAGUGAUUCUAACUGGACCAAAUAAUGUGUACAGUUUUCUUUUAAGCUUAUUUUGUAUAUAUAGGAAAAAAAAAUUGUGUAAAAUAUUCACCAAGUGUUUCUGAUAAAUGUAGAUGUUAGGAUAUCAGAAAAAUGUUUAAAAAUUAUGCAUAUUUUCUCAGUUUGAAUCGCUUCUUAAUUUGAUCAGGGCAGUGGGGGGGGAUAAUAUUUCUGCUGGUUUUUUUUUUUAGAUUCUGUUCGAUAUAAUUUUGACACCUUAGUGCAGUAACUGGUUACGUCCAUCUAAAUGUAAUAGGAGUUAACCAGUCAUUGCACUGAGGUUAUAAUAUAUGCUUUAAAUACUACUCACAAGUGAGAAAUAAUGUAGUCCUGUCAAAAUAAAACAAAAUAUGGUAUAAAACGACAUAAUUGUUUUCAAUUCUUAGAACCCUUUUGUUGCAAUUGUGAGAUUCAUUUUGUCAUGUUGCUGUCGUGCAACAAUUUUUUCUUAAAUCCUAUAAAUAUGAUAAACUUUUUCUUCAUCUUUUUCUAUUAUGUGGUGUACAUUUGUUUGAUGUUUAUAAAAACUAGCUUAUAAACUUGUCAUUCAAUUGUUGGAAAUUUAAGUGUAGACAAAAAAAAAUUGUUAGGACUGUGCAUAUCUCACUACCCAUAUCUUUUACCCAUAUCUCACUACAUAUAUUUCACUACCAAUAUCUCACUACCCAUAUUUCAUUACCCAUAUCUCACUACCCAUAUCUUUUAACCCAUAUCUCACUUCCCAUAUCUCAGUAAUAAUGUUUAUACUGAAUAUUUGGGGAAGAGAUGUUUUUUGGUCAUACACUAUGCAUAUUCUUGAUCAGAUAUCUUAAGUAGUUUACAAAUUUUUGGUAAAAAAAUUGCUUUGAAUGGAUAUAGAAUGCUGUAUAUAUAUUUAUCAUAAUUAUAUAAUGAAAUUUCCUCAAGAUUCAUGAUUGAGAAACAGUACUGUUUGAUUAUAAGUCAAAUAUUUUAAGUUCAAAAUUGUUGGUGUUCCUGUUUACUAUAGCUUCAAGUUUGCAAUGAAUUGAAACGUUUCUAUGCACAAACACACUUGCACUGACUAAUUCAUACAUAUGUUUAAUUUCAUGUUUAAUAAUGAAGAAUUUAAUGCAUAAUAUGUCAAACUUGGGGAGAUGGUAAUCAACUAGGAAUGGCACGUCAGUCCGUCUUUAUUUAAAUAAUCUUGAUACAUAAAACUGAAUUUUUAACAUGUUAAAAAGGGAAAAAUUCAAUAUAUAUCUUUUUUAAUCACUUCCCUGCUUUUACAGACCAAGAUAUGAUGAAUUAACAUAUUAUCACACGUUCAAUUACCAUUGUUAAGGCACUUUAAACAUAAUUCCCAAAUAGAUUUUACAUUAUGGACAUGGAUGGUUUGACUUGGUACUUACCUUUUAAGUUCAGUAUCUUGACUUUGUUGAUUCGGUUUGAAGUUUAGAUGCUAGAAUAAUUUUUCUGAAGUACGUUUUCAUUGAAAGUUAACCAUACAAAUACUGUGUAAGCACGUUUUUCAAAAUAAAAAGAGAUGUAUUUUCAAAUAUUUUUUAUAUUCGUCUUUUUCCAAGUUGCUUUAUGCUAUGCUGGUUUUUGCCAGGUACCUUUGACUGAACUUAAUAUAUGAUUAACAAAUAUAUUAGGUUCUGUCUUGUAUAUUUUCACCUUAGUGCAGUAACCAGUUAACUCCUUAUAUUUUUUAAAAGAAUUAGCCCGUUACUGCUCUGAGGUGACAAUAUGUGCAUUUUAAAUGAUGUAUAUUUUUGUACCUGUAUUUAAUUAUACUUGAUUAGAAUCAGUCUGCCUUUCAUAGUUACAAAUACCGUUCAAAAUACAUCUUAAAGCAUGCAACUAUCUUACGUGUUACUGUUCAUUUAUAAGUUAGUCCCUCGGGUAAGAUAUUAGCAGAUUUGAAAGUGUCAUAAACUUAGUAUUGUACUGAUAAUUUAUUUAUGCAGCUCCUCGGAAACUUCCACUAUGUUCAAAAAGAACAUUUUAAAAUUCCAUUAUACAUGACAGUGAUAUGAUUUUCAUGUUGUAAGUUCAGACAAGUUCAAAAAACUUUAUGUCCCUUAAGUGUUGUAACAAAUCUGCCUAGUGAUUUCAAAUAUUCUCUGUAUCGUUCAAGAUUAAAGGUCUAUACCUGAAGUCCUUGUUGUUCAAUUUUCUUUUUUCAUAAAUAUUUUAUUUGACUGCUGUCAAUCUGUGAAAAUUUUCUUCCAUACAGUAUUUUUACUAUACAAAUAUUAUUUUAUGCAUAGAGCCCCACCCCAUGCCUGUUCUGCUGCUGGUACAUUUACCCCACCCAAUUGCCCCCCUCCCCCUUCUUGUUCUCAUCCCCCCUAAAUAUACCCCACCCACUUGAAGAGAUAAACAACAAAAGAAACAAAGAAACUUCAUAAUAUGCAUUUGUCUUUUCUGUUCAAUGUACAAUGUAAACAAUCAAUAUAAUAUAUAUUUGAGAAUUAAUUGUAUUAUAUGGGGAAAAUAUUUGCCAUGUUACCAUUUUGCCGUACAUAUUUCAUUCCAUUCUAAUGUUGUAUUUUUAUUUCUAAAUAUGUACAUGUAUCAUUGAACUAAAGUAAUUAAUAUAUAUUGUGUUUAUUUUUAUGGCAUAGCAUUACUAUGAUUGUUAUAAUGAACGCUUCAAUUCUUUUCCUAAUAUUCCAUAAAUGAAUGGUCUUUUUUAAAUUGCUUUUUAUCAUUUCAACAUAUACUAUAAAUAUGGAUAACAACUUGGUAAAAUAAAUAAAUGGAAUUGCAUGUUAAAACAAAUUACUCCUGUAUUUGAAUUUUUCGUAGAUAAACAAAAAACUGAAUUUGGUCUCAGAAAACUGAAUUAUUUAUAUAUAUAAAAAGAUAUUUUUAUGAUUACAGAUUCUGUAAUCUAUAUGUGAUGAUUUUUAUACUUGGCUGAAAAAUAAUUUUGUGUCUUUAUUGACCAGUUGUUUUUCUGUCACUUUAUGUUCUUUUUGGUGUUUACAAAUACUUAAGGUUAUUUUCUACAUCUUCUGCUGCAAUAUCUGAAUAUAUUACACUUUAAGAAGUGGUUGAUUAAGAAAAAAAAUGAAAUUGGACAUUUGGAAUAAAUUAUUGAUUUCGGUCAAUUUUCAUUUCUUUUUUAAAUAGAUGUUUGCUUAAGUCUUAAAUGUAGUGGGUUUUUUCUUGAUAUUUCAAAUUAAUUUUUGAAAACUGUUGUUGUGACUUUUUGUAAGUCAUUGUAUCAUUACUGAAUUUUAUGAAUAUACCUUUAUAAACUUGUGUUGUUGGCAAUGUGAUGGAAACAACUGGUCAUCAAAGCACAAAAUUGUUUGUAGGCAACAUUUGUUAAAUAUAUUUUAUAAUUUUGUAUAAAAAAAUACAUGUAAAGAGCUUUUUUGUUUGUAAAAUUGUUCAUGUUGGUAAUAUAUAUUGUUUGUGCAAGAGAGUUUCGUGAAUCUAGUGUUUGAAGUCAGAACGUCUUUAAAGUUGUGUUUUUUUUCUUUGUGCUGUUAAAAAUUUCAUUUUCUAUGAUUGAUACAUAAUGUUGUUUUGUUGUUUUUUUUACAAAAAAAAAACAUGGCUUAUCAAAUAUUUACAUUAAAUAAGUAUAAUGUUCAUGGUACAUACAUUGAAAUUUAAAAAAAAAAUCUUUUUAUACAAAUUGGUAAAGGCUUAUCAAGAAUUUUUUCUGACUUUUUUUGCUUGUUAAAAUAAGAUUUUAUAUUUCCAUACUCUAAAUAUCUGCUUGGAUAUGGUAAAUGACAUUGUCACCUUAGUGCAGUAACGGGUUAAGUCCUUCUUAAUUUAAUAGGAGUUAAUCAGUUAUUGCACUAAGGUGAAGAUAUAUUUAUUGGUGGACAGGGAGAUUGAGUGAAAGGUUAUUUCAAUGUUUUUUUCAAAUAAUUGCAAUAAGGGUAAGCCUUUUGGUACCAGUGUACUGCCAGAUUGGCAUGCAGUUUAGUGAACUUUCAUAUGAUUUAACAGUAUACUGAUGUCUACAUUUAAAAUCCUGUUUACUUAAAAAAUAAUUCAGAGAAUGAUAUUUAUCAAAUUUCACAUUUUGUUUUAUUUCAGUCUGGUAUUUUUCUCCAAUUUAUUGUACGGUUAAUUGUUUGGAGAAAUAAUAUAAGAACUAAGGAUUAUUAAUAAUCAUAAUGCAAUAAAGAAGUUAUUUUAGAAAGAAUACUUGUGAAGUGAAUGACUUUUUUCAAUAAAAGAUUGUCUUGUCAAAAUGUACUUUUUAUUUAAAGGCCCAUUAUCCCUCAGAAAUGCAGUUAUUUUCAUUUCUCAAAAGCUUUUUUUAUAUAUCAUGCUAUAUUUUCCAAAAUAAAGUUACUCAUUGGCCAGUGGCUUGAACCAUCUUCUACUUUUGUUGCUUUCUGGCAAUUUAUACCAUUAUAGUGUCUUACUAUUUUCUAUGGAAGUCAAAAUACUACUUUGUUUACAUUUUGGUACUUUAAUGUUAAAUUAUUUCACAUUUAGCGCUACUUUCUUCAGGUAAAAAGCAUCUUGCAUGCUCUAAAACUAUUAUUUAAACAUUAUAAAAUUAAAUAUAAAACAUUAUUUCCCCAUUCUAAAGAAAUGAAAAUUUAUUUGUUUCUGAGGAAUGAUGUGCAUUUAAAGUAAAAGUUGUACACAUUUUAAUAAUUACAGAAUAUCAGGGUUUCUUAAUUCUCAGCUAACGUUUACAUGUAGUUAGAAGUAAUAUUUAAGUCUUUAAAAAUCUCUUUUUUCUCUCAAAGAUUCAAUGUCAUUGCAAAAAAAAAAAUCAUAAACAAAAAUCUAUCUAUUUCUUUAACAUUAAAAAGAAAACCUGGUUAUCAAUGAGAAAUAAAUUGUUCUGUUUUUAAUUAUUAGUAUAAAACAAAACUGUUUAGAUUUUAAUGAGGAUUUUUUCUGUCAAGAAAAGGUAAUUCUGCUUAAAUUUAGUAAAAAAAAAUAAGUGUUAUGUUUAAACUGGAACAGUAUAUGUUAAUAAUGUAGGUUAAAAAUAGUAUCAUAAUAUGUUGAAUGGAUAAGCCGACGUGUCUUCGGUGAUUAUGGUGCAAUCCAUUUUUGUUGACUAUACAUGUAUAAGAUAAAAAUAUUUAAAAUUUUCUUUUACAGACAUGAUUUAUUUGUAAAGUAUUCUCUUUAUUGUGAACGUAAAUUGUUUAUAUGCACAAACACUUCAUUUUGCAAAACUUACUUUUAUAAACUUGUAUGGAUUUGUAUUUGUUGUAUGCAGCUAUACUACUAUCAUCUGAGUAAGAAUAAAAUAAAUACAAAUACAUGAA